UCAAUAUCUUGCAUAAUGUUGGAAUCAAAUAAGAGUUUUGUGCUGUUCCAGCUGCUUUUACUCUUCUCAGUAGUUUUGAUCUAUAUUAGAUCCCCAUCCACGGGCAGCUUGGAGCCGCAGGAAGUGGAGCCAUUGAAAGAGCCUCCGCCGGCAGAUCGACUAGUGGUUCUCGUAAGGGACGGAUUAUCUGCUCAGACUUUUCUGGCCAACCGUUGCACAAACGUCCCACUGUUGCAGGAACUCUUCUUGCACCAGGGUCUGGUUGGAGUUAGUCGUCCGGAGAAAACCACCUACCACUCUAUAUCUCCAUAUAUAUCCUUGUUUUCCGGAUUUAAUGAGGAUGCAGUCAGGGUGGCACGAGACUGGGUAGGAAAUUCAGCACCCAUUGACUCUAUAUUCGAUCGGUGUAAACGCAGUUUUGCAUGGACAACGACAGAACUAAUCUCACGCUUUCCAAAAAUCGAAAGAUCAAGGGAAUUCUCUUUUGAAACAUUUGGAGAAGGUGUUACCAAGUCGUGCUCCGAAUUGGAAGAUUUUGUAUGUCGGUCUGUUCAAAGAUUUCUACGCGGCGGAUCCCGGCUCUUGUUAAAUUCCUCAGAAGUAAUUUUUUUUAUCCAUAUGACCAGUGUGAAAUCAUCUUGUGAAAGCCUCCAACGGAUUCAAGAAAACGUGUAUAAGCUCUAUACAAUUUUUGAGAAAACUUUUCCCGAUCACAGAACCGCCUACCUAUUUACAUCCAAUCUUGGCGAUCCACAAGCAAAAAGUAAGACACUAGAUUAUCUUUUUAAAAUAUUUGUAGUCCUUGAGUAUCCCGUUUUUAGGAGAGUCCAGUGUGGCAGUUGAAUCGCCCUU